UCCGCCUACACCUUUAGCUCCAUCGAAGGUCUCCCGGGUGGCAGUUUAAACCUGGCCUCGCUUUAAUUACUGUGAGGGCAUACGCUGGUAUUUUUGGAGCCUUUUUCUUUCACAGUUGGCUACACUCAGCCGAUACCUCCAUAUUAUAAUCAGAGCCCAAAGUGGAAAGCAUAUUGUGUUUAUACAAGUGGAGCAUGCUCUGUGAAUCCACUGCUCGCCCUGGUGUGUAAUCAGAAGGUCUGAAAUAAGCCCGGCCCUUCUUUUUCUUUCUAUCUCAGCCCACAUUUCUGCACAGUGACAGGGAGGGGGUUGACCACAGCUUUAAGUUUUCUCUUUACAACAUCACCACAUUCUGUACUUCAGCAUUUCUCUGAAGCCUUUCUCUGUAUAUUUCCGUAGCACUGCUGGGGAGAGGAAACAAAAAGAGAGAGACUACGCAGUUAAGCUCACAUGUGGACUUAUAAUAUUUGGAGAUCGAUUGAACACACAAUGACUGAAGGAUUGUGAACUUUAUAAAGGGUUGCAUAUUUUGGAUUGCUUGUCCUUUGGAUUAAACUGGGGUGGGGGGGGAUACACCGGAGUCACUGAUGGAAAGAAAAGCACUGCAAGAAGUGAUACUCCAACAGACUUUGUGUGCAAGAAGAACCAAGAGCAAGCAUAACGGACUUCAAUGACUUGGACUGAUGAUCACAAAAACCACCAUCAUGUCCGCCCCCUUUGCCAAAACCACCUUCCAGACUUCCAACAGCUCCCUUUUUCUCACAGAGAACUUCACCGCGACCAACCGAACCUGUGUGGAUCCCAACGCGCUGCAGAGCCUGCUGGCGGUGAUCUACGCUGUAAUCUUUGUCCUGGGUCUCGUUGGGAACCUGGUGGCUCUGUGGGUUUUCUUCUGCGUUGACUCUAAGAAGAACUCCGUGCGGGUGUUUCUCAUAAACACAGCUUUCGCGGACCUGCUGCUGGUGUUGUGUCUGCCGUUCAGGAUACUCUACCACAGCCGCGGAAACGUCUGGACGCUGGGCCCCGUGUUGUGUAAAGUCGUGGGCAACCUCUUCUACAUGAACAUGUACAUCAGCGUCACGCUGCUGGGGCUGAUCAGCGUGGAUCGCUACAUGAAGAUCCAUCGCGGCGUGCGGGGGCAGCACAGACUGCGGUCCACAAAGUGGAGCACCAUGCUCUGCGCCCUCAUCUGGAUUGUGUCCUUCACUGUGAUGCUGCUAAUCCUGCUGUCAAAGAGUGCCCCAGAGGCGAACAGGUGUUUCCACUACAAGCAGCUCCUUGAUGCAAAGUGGAUAGCCUAUAUCAACAUCUGCAUAGUGGUCCUCUUCUGGCUCGUCUUUGUCUCUCUGAUGGUGUCUUAUGGAAAGAUUGCCCUCAACCUUCUGAGAACGUCACGAGAAAAGCCCGACCUGCCCAACUCGUCCCGCUACGCCCGAACUGCCAGGAAGUCCUUCUUCAUCCUCUUCCUCUUCACCGUGUGCUUCGUCCCAUAUCACAUCGUCAGGGUGUUCUACAUCAUAACGCAAAUCAGGGACGUGUCGUGUUUCUGGCAGGGCGUUGCAGACAAAGCCAACGAGGUGGCUCUGCUGUUCUCAGCCGUCAACAGCUGCCUGGAUCCGGUUAUGUUCUUCCUGUUGUCUUCCUCAGUGAGGAAGGAGGUGCUGCGCUUGGUGGGCAACGUGUUCUGUGUGCAAGAUUGGGCUGGAGUUAGCGGGAGCAGCUCUACGGCGGAGCAGGACGGUAAGACCGACAGGAACAGAGGACAGGCAAAUGUCAACUUUAGUGCCCAUUUGAAGGAGAGGACGGUUACUGAAUUCAGCCAGACCGUGAUGUAACGCUACUUUGAGACAUGGAGCAUCUAUCUUUCCCAAAAGUCAACAUGGCAGUAGUCUAUAUGGACAUGUUACACUUCCGUGAUUCUUACGUUGCCGCUAGAAAUUCUGCAGGAUGUCCCUCAUUUUGGCCGGAUGUCCGUCCCCUUCCUCUUUCUUUGUGUUGCCGUUCUAACCACUGGUGGAUUUCUGAGGACUAUUGUUACCUGCUCCUCAGAUGUCUGCAGGGUAAACCCAGACAGCUAGACUAUUUGUCCAAGCUGUUGCUUAGCACCGCCCAAGACCAUUGUGAUUGGUUUAAAGAAAUGCCAAUAAACCAGAGUAUGUUUUUCUCCCAUCCCGGGAUGCUGUGUGGACAUGCCAGACCUAUGGAGGAAGGUCUGGCAAUGCGGGACUAUGAUGACAGCAACCAGUGGCGCCAGCAAAGAAAGUGCCACUCCCCUCAACGUGUGCAUGUAUUUCACAUUGCUACUACGGCUUAAAAUGCAGGAACUAAUGUUACAGAAAUAAGAUGAAUUAUACUGUCUCCAUACUAUCUUUUUAUCUACUGUAGAGCUGCAAAGAUGAAUUUAUUAGUUGUCAACUAUUACAUUAAUUAACAACUAUUUUGAUCGAUCGAUCGAUUAAUUGGUUUGAAUUAUUAUGUCUUUGAGAAAGUAAAAAGUUCUCAGUUUUUCAGAUGGUUAAAUGUAUAGUAUAUAGUUUCUUCUCUCCUCUGUGACAGUAAACUGAAGAUCUUUGAGUUGUUGACAAAACAAGACAUUUGAGGACGUCAUCUUGGGCUUUAUGGGAAACUGAUCCGCAUUUUUUUCUUCAUUUUCUGACAUUUUAUAGACCAAACAACUAAUGGAGAAAUUGUUGAACAGAUAAUGAAAGAAGUUAAUAAUGAAAAUAAUCCUUAGUUGCAAGCCCUAAUCUACAGGGAUUAAGCAUGCCAGGUUUAAACAGCCUGUUGAUUGUCCUACCUGAGCAAAUAAACAAUAUUUAUGUUAGUUACAUGAACUUGUAUACUGUGUUGUUUUGCUAAAACUUGCAAGUAAUUGUGUCAUACUUUUAACCAUGUCACUUCAUCCUAAGGAAAAAAAAAAGUCUAUUGACCUCAGGGUGAGAUUAGAGAUGGUGGAUAACAGCAACCGGCUGUGUUUGGUGAAAACUUUGAUCUGGUGGUGGCGGAAAAAACACAGGGAAAUUCAAAAAAGUUACUCUCUGGGCACUCCAUUUAUCUGCACCAAAUGUCAUAUCCAGGGACGGACUGGGACAAAAAUUUGGCCCUAGCACUUUCAUCCCGAACAAUAACAGAAGAUGGGAAUUAUUUCAAAAAGGCUUUAGCUAUCUAUAAUUGUUUGAUUGCUAACGUUAGCUCAAAACGCCAUUCAACUGACAGCCUUUGUUGUGUUUGAUGCUAACUUGUAGCCAACAGUGAACCAUCUUGGUUAAGUAGGUCCAUGUUUACUGUAUUGACAUUACAGAAGUCUCUCGUUAGCAUCUUGUAGGCUACUUGACGGGGAGUGACAGUGGCUACCUUACAGGCCAUUAAGCGUAUAAAGAAGCAGUUCUCCCAGCUAGGUAUGCCUGACUCCACCUGCAGGUUGAACACUGACUUCCUGUCUGACAGGAAGCAGCAUGUGAAGGUGGGGAAACACGUUUCAGACUCGGUCCAUCAACAUCAUAUCACAAACGGGCUGCAUUCUUUCUCCCCUGGUCUUCUCCCUUUACACUAACAGCUGCGACCCAGUCACCAGUCAUCAAACUUCUGAAGUUUGCGGACGACCCCUUCCUCAUCGGACUCAUUUCUGAUGGUGAUGAGUCCGCCUACAGGUCAGAGGCUGACCACUUAGUGACCUGGUGCAAUCAGAACAAUCUAGACCUCAACGCCCUGAAGUCAGUGGAGAUGGUUGUGGACUUCAGGAAGCCCCCAACACCCUCUGUGACUCCACAGUUGACACUGUGGAGUCUUUCCGUUUCCUGGGAACUUUCAUCUCCCAGGAUCUCAAGUGGGAGCUGAACAUCAGCUCCCUCAUCAAGAAAGCACAAAAAAUAUAUACUGUAUAUAUAAA